AUGUCUGCUUUGUUACCAAUUGCUUCUUUCAACUUGGAGUUGAAUCCUUAUGAUCCACGUCCUUGUCAGGAUCAUGAAUUUCCUGUUACUGUUAGGUUAACUCUUGCUUCUAUUGAUCCUCAGCCAGUUGAUGAUGAUAGUGAGCCUUCAACUUUGAGGAUGUUGAAGAGGAAUGUUUUCUUUGGAGAUGAGGAGGAGGAGAGCGAUGAUGAGGAGGAGGAGAACGAUGAUGAUGAUGAUGAUGAGGAGGAGGAGGAGAACGAGGAGGAUGACAAGGAGGAUGACAAGGAGGAAGCUAAGGCCGAAGCUAAGGACGAUGAUGAGGACAAAGAGGACGACGACGACGAUGACGACGACGAAGACGACGAAGACGACGCACUCGAAGAUUUGGACAGAGAAAUCAAAGAGCACGUCGUUUGUACUCUAUCUCCAGAAUCACAGUACCAACAGACUCUUGACUUGACCAUUAUGCCUGAUGAAGAGGUUUAUUUUGUUGCUACUGGCUCCUAUACAAUCCAUCUUGCUGGUAAUUAUAUUGAACAUCCAUAUGAUGAUUUUGGUGAUGAUUAUGUUGAUGAGGAUGAAGAUGAAGACGAGGAUGAUGAAGACGAUGACGAUUAUGUUGAUGCAGAUGAUGAGGAUAUUGAAGAAGGAGACGACUUUGAUUUGGAUACCUUAAACAACGUUGAUAAUGUUGAGGACAAGAUUGAAGAGUUGAUAGAAGAAGAAGAAAAAAAAGUUAAUAAGAGACAUUCGGAUGAUUUGGAGUCUCCAACAUCCAAAAAAGCCAAAAAAGAAGCCAAAGAGAAGAGUGUCAAGUUCUCGAAGAAAUUGGAACAAGGACCGACGAAACAGACGAAGACGAAAGCCAAAGACGACAAGGCCAAGGACAAAGCCAAGGACAAGGCCAAGGCCAAAGCCAAAAAGGAUGAUAAAAAGGAUGACGAAAAGCAUAAGAAGUACACGGUGAAUAAACUCGAAGGAGAUGUCGUGGUGGAGGAUAGAGUUGCUGGAACCGGACCAAGUGCCAAGAAGGGUAAGAAAGUCAGUGUUAGAUACAUCGGUAAGUUGAGCAACGGAAAGGUUUUUGAUAAGAACGUUUCCGGUAAGCCAUUCUCAUUCAACCUUGGUAGAGGAGAAGUUAUCAGAGGAUGGGACAUUGGAUUUGCCGGUAUGGCUGUUGGAGGAGAGAGAAGAAUCGUUAUUCCUGCCUCUAUGGCUUAUGGAUCGCAGAAGCUUCCUGGAAUUCCACCAAACUCUCAGUUGACCUUUGACGUGAAGUUGUUGUCUAUUAAAUAA